AUGGAAAAGUCGCCAAACAAUAUUGAUAUUAGACACAACUAUAACAAAUAUGGGAAUCUUUACAGCAAGUUACUUAAGGCUGCUGAAAGGGGUUAUCAUUAUCACAAGUUCUUAUCUGCACAGGGUAAUAAUAGCAAAACAUGGAAGGUGAUAAACGAAGUGUUAAGCAAUAGGUCUAAUGCAUCAUCCCCCGACAAACUCAAUGACGAUUCCUUUUUUGGAAAUAUUUUAUCAGAUAAUCAUGAUAUUGCUGAAAAAUUUAACAAUUUCUUCGUUAAUGUUGGCUCUAAUUUAGCAACCAAAAUUAACACAUCUAACAAUUACAAUAUGUAUCUUCAUGACAAAUACCCAGACUCUAUUUAUUUCGUCACAUCACUCAUCAUGACAUAUAUAAAGAAAUCAUUCUUUCAGACCCCAGCAAAUCUAUUGGUUAUGAUAAAAUACAUCCCAGGACCUCCUACAUCUCCCACAUGUCUUCCUGGUGAGUUUGUGUGUGAUAAUGGCCUGUGUCUGCCUCAUACCUUGGUGUGUAAUAACUAUGACGACUGCGGGGACAAUUCCGAUGAAGAUCCGGCGAUAUGCAAUUAUAGGGAUUCCUGUUUAACAGAUCCGUGCCAACAUGGUGUAUGUACUGCUAUCGUACAUGGAUACACAUGUGACUGUUUCCUGGGAUUUACGGGAACGAACUGUGACACCGCACCUUCCACAUGUCUUCCCUAUGACUUCGUGUGUUCUAAUAGUUUAUGUCUGCCUCUCAACUGGGUAUGUGAUGAUUAUGACGACUGUGGGGAUAAUUCCGAUGAAGAUGCUGCGAUAUGCAAUUCACCUCUCACAUCUCCCACAUGUCUUCCUGGUGAGUUAGUGUGUGAUAAUGGCCUGUGUUUGUCUCAUACCUUGGUGUGUGAUAACUAUGACGACUGUGGGGACAAUUCCGAUGAAGAUCCGACGUUAUGCAAUUCACCUUACACAUGUCUUCCCGAUGACUUCGUGUGUGCUAAUAACUUAUGUAUGCCUCUCAACUGGGCAUGUGAUGAUUAUGACGACUGUGGGGACAAUUCCGAUGAAGAUGCUGCGAUAUGCAAUUCACCUUCAACAUGUUUCCCCGAUGACUUUGUGUGUGCUAAUAGUGUAUGUCUGCCUCUCAACUGGGUAUGUGACAACUACGACGACUGUGGAGACAAUUCCGAUGAAGAUGAUGCGAUAUGCAAUCCAUCUUCCACGUGUCCUUCCGGUGAGUUUCUGUGUUCUAAUGGUCUGUGUCUGCCUUCAAACUGGGUAUGUGAUGACUAUGACGACUGUGGGGACAAUUCCGAUGAAGUUUCAGCGGAGUGCAAUUCAUCUUCCACGUGUCGACCCGGUGAAUUCGUGUGUGAUAGCGGGUUGUGUAUUCUUCCUAACUGGGCAUGUGAUGACUAUGACGACUGUGGAGACAAUUCCGAUGAGAAUGAAGCGAUGUGCAAUUUGUGCGAUUUUCAAUUCCGAUGCACCGAUGGUAGUUGCAUAGAAAGCAGUAAACUCUGUGAUGGCACUUUUGAUUGUAGUGACACCUCCGAUGAAUACAAUUGUAAUUCGUGUAACAAUGACCAAUUCAUUUGUGAUGACGGUAGUUGCAUAUCCCUCACAUUACAAUGUGAUGGAAAUAACGACUGUGCUGACAACAGUGACGAGACUGUUUGCGAGUGUGGAACAGUAACUGCGACAUUGCCUCGAAUCGUUGGCGGUGUGUACUCGAUGCUCGGUGAAUUGCCAUGGCAAGUUUCGUUACUGUCGGGAAGAUCCCAUUUCUGUGGAGGCACAUUAGUUCGCCCACAGUGGAUUGUGACUGCUGCCCAUUGUAUUGUUGACGAAGAUGCCAGCAACCUGGAGGUGCACAUGGGUGUGACUAUGCAUGAUGACUGGACACAAACAGCAACACGUGUUGUGAAAGGCGUCUCACGUAUAAUUAUGCACAACAGUUACGACGAUUCCACUUACGAUUACGAUAUAGCGUUAUUAGAACUCAGUUCCAUGGUCCAACUCAAUGACUAUGUACGGCUGGCGUGCUUACCGCCAUCAGAUAUGCAUUUCCCCGACGGCAAAGAAUGUCUUAUUUCUGGAUGGGGAUGGACGGAGGAGGACGGUACAGCGCCGUAUGUUUUACAGAUGGCCACUGUACCAUUGGUAAACCUCACUGAAUGUGCCAUGCAAUUACCGCAUACAACCGAUAGAAUGAUGUGUGCAGGGUACACAGAAGGUGGCAUUGAUACCUGUCAGGGAGACAGUGGUGGACCCUUGAUUUGCAAUAUGGACAAUUUUAAAUGGUAUUUGGCAGGAGUGGUAAGCUGGGGUAAUGGAUGUGCUAGGCCACAUUCACCCGGUGUAUACGCACGAAUCACAUACUUCAGAGACUGGAUUGAUAGCUAUAUAACAUAA